CUGUGGUGAAGGUGCUCCCAGUUCUGAUCAUCGCCAUGGACAGCAAGGGACAAGCAGGGUCACUUUUACUGCUGCUGCUUAUGUCAAACCUGCUCCUGUGCAAGAAUGUGGCUUCCCAGACAGUCUGUCCAAACGGGAACGGCUGCCGGCUGUCCCUCCGAGACCUGUUCGGACGUGCCGUCAUUCUGUCUCAUUACAUCCAUAAACUCUCCUCAGAAGUGGUCCAGGAAUUUGAUGCCCAGUAUUCCCAGGGCCCAGGGUUCUUUGACGAGGCCAUCAGCAUGUGCCACACCGCAUCCAUCUCCACUCCAGAGGACAAGGAGCAGGCCCAGCAAAUUCCCCAAAAUGAUUUUAUCAUCCUGGUCAUCCGCUUGGUGCGCUCCUGGACUGAACCUCUGAACCACCUCAUCACGGAAGCCAAUCGCCUGCCAAAAGCCUCCAAUGUUCUCAUAGCAAAAGCCUUGCAGAUUCAGGAAAAAAGCCAACGCCUUCUAGAAGGUCUAAAGGAGAUAGUCAAACUGGUUGAUCCUGAAAUCACAGACAAUGGAGACUACGCUGUCUGGUGGGGACUUUCAUCCCUGCAGUCAGAUGAUUUAGAGUCGCUCCUGUUUGCUUAUCAUAACAUGUUCCGCUGCCUGCGCAGGGAUACACACAAGGUCGACAAUUAUCUCAAGUUCCUGAGGUGCCAAAUUGCUUAUGAUGGCAACUGCUAAGCCUGUAUCCAUUACACUUAUUGCUGAGAUGGUUCUUCAGGAUCCAGCCCUUGGAAAGCUUCUUCUAGUUUUAUGGCUUUUUAAUGCAUGCUUGGGUGUAAGGGUAUAAGGUGUCUCUUCUUAAAAAAAAUAAAAACUGAC